GAGAGAGAGAGAGAGAGAGAGAGAGAGAGAUGAGGUUGCUAACUCACAACAUGCUGUCGUCGAACAUCAAGGGCGUGUGCUUCCCACUCCGCAUCGACGUGGAGAAGGUGGUGGAGAAGAAAGUGGACUUCAACGCCGGCUUCCUCCGGAACAUUUUCCCCAAGGUCGAGUGGAAGGCCUUCGUCGACGCGGCCAGGACCAUGGGCUACCCCGAGCUUCCUGAGGAGGCGGACUCUUCCAUGCUAGACUCUGACGAAUACUUGACAAAGUUCCACCAUGGCCUUCUGCAGCUACACCUCGAGGAGGGCGCGCUCAUUUGUCCCGAGACAGGUCGCCGUUUUCCUGUCAAUAAGGGUAUUCCCAAUAUGCUCCUUCAUGAGGACGAGGUCUGAAAUCCGAGAUAUCGGUGCUUAUGAUUUGAGAUAUAGGUGCAAAUGAGUGUUUUUUGGCCAAUAGGGUCGAGUGGGUGCUAGGAAUUUCAAAAGCGUAUGUGGUUUCGGAACAUUUUAAUUCCCGAGCCUUUGUUUGGGUUGGCGAUCAAUAUAAUGUGAAAUUAGGGUUUUUGUUUA